ACCUUCAGGAGAUGGCCUCUUCCAAGUCUUUGAUGAACCUUCUAACCUUCACUUUUGGAUCAGCAAUAGGAUUUUUUGUAUGCUAUCUUCUGUUUAGCAUUAUACUAGAAGAACAGAUUAAGAUCCAGCCUCAUAUCCUUCACAAUGAUCCACAUGGUCAACACUCGGCAGACACCGAUAACAAUCAGCUGCAAGGACAAAUGAAUUUCAAUGCAGACUCUGGACAGCAUAAAGAUGAGAAUAAAAAUAUUGCAGAGGGACUGUAUCAGAAGGUGAAAAUACUGUGUUGGGUCAUGACUGGACCUCAAAAUCUAGAAAAGAAAGCCAAGCAUGUUAAGGCCACUUGGGCCCAACGUUGUAAUAAAAUACUUUUUAUGAGCUCUGAGGAAAAUAAAGACUUCCCAACUGUGGGCCUAGAAACCAAAGAAGGCAGGGACCAACUGUACUGGAAGACUAUUAAAGCUUUUCAAUAUGUAUAUGACCAUUAUUUUGAUGAUGCCGAUUGGUUUAUGAAAGCAGAUGAUGAUACAUAUGUUAUAUUGGACAAUUUGAGAUGGCUUCUUUCAAAAUACAGUCCUGAGCAACCAAUAUACUUUGGAAGAAGGUUUAAGCCUUAUGUGAAACAGGGCUACAUGAGUGGAGGAGCAGGAUAUGUUCUGAGCAAAGAAGCUCUGAAGAGAUUUGUUGCUGCAUUUAAAACGAACAAAUGCUCUCACAGUUCCUCAAUUGAAGACCUAGCGCUAGGAAAAUGCAUGGAGAUCAUUAAUGUGGAAGCAGGAGAUUCUAGGGAUACAAGCGGUAGAGAAACCUUUCAUCCCUUCAUUCCAGAACAUCACUUAAUCAUAGGAUACCUACCAAAAACAUUCUGGUACUGGAAUUAUAAUUAUUAUCCUGCUGUAGAGGGUCCCGGAUGCUGCUCCGAUCUAGCAGUUUCAUUCCACUAUGUUGAUUCCGUGACUAUGUAUCAUUUGGAAUAUUUGAUUUAUCAUCUCCGUCCGUAUGGGUAUUUGUAUCGGUACAAUCCUGAUUCGGCAAAGAAUCCAGAAGAGCAGAGCAAAAAUGAAGCAGAGGAGGAUAAUCAAAAGCUAAAGCAAAAAAUUUCUGAGAAUUAAGUGAACUUUGAAGAAAGCGAAAAGAAGCCAGUACAAUGAAUAAGAGUCUCCUCAAACUCCUGCAUGAAGCUUGUGGACUGAAAUUACUCAUGGCGAUUCUUAUUUCAAAAACCACGUUGGCAGUACUUCCUGUUGCUGUCUGUGUACAACAGUCCGGUGCUGGCUCUGACUGUUUGGGAUAGUGUGACCUUGCAGCCCUGCUCACGAAGAUUUGGGGCCCUAAAGCUGUGCAAUAGGAGGUUGUUCUGGUACGCUAAUAUCUGGAAGAGUUUGUAUAAAAAACAGUGGACGGGUUCAAAGAUGUCUUGUUAGAGUAUUUCUGUUCCUUCUUCUGUUCUCCUCUAUUUCCUUCCAGAUGUUCUGUUAGGUCAGUUCUAAUUUUAGAGAUUGGAUGCUGCACAGUCAAAUACUUCAUGAUGGCUUAUUCUAGCAUUCUCUGUAUCUUGAAGUUACUGUGUGUACCUUGCCCUAAAAGGAAGGGAGAGGUGUGAAAAUAAGAGUCUCAAAUCUGCUUUGCCGUAACAACAGGCUGGUUAUUACGAAUAGGCAGAGAUCCGCCCAAAAGAUUAAUCUGAAUUGUUUCAGAAAUGGAAUUCACUGCUGUGAAAUAUUUUAAAAAAUUCUAAGUCUCUAUUGUACAAAACAAUGCGAAGUUGGAUCACUACUGUUUUAGGGAGAAACCCAGAAAUAGUUACUGUUGUUUAAAUUGCUGAGGUGAUGCAAGCUGCUUAUAUAUUUGCCUGUGGCUUUUAUUUUUAAUUAACUUAUCCUAUUGGUUGAAUGGAUAUAAAAAUUCAUCUCAGGAUUUCUCAGUAUAAGAUAAGGUAGAAGCUUUUUGAAAUAAAGUCUCUCUUCCAUCACACCUUCCACGUAAACCAGAAAGAAUAGUAUCUUAGCAAAGUUACAGUGGCGUUAUAACAACUUGGUUUCAGCCAGUAUUAUAAUUAGUUUGUUUCCAUUUAAUUUUCACGUCACUGUACUUUCAGAUUGUGGGAUUCAUUAGAAUUUUACAGAUACAAACAAGUCCUAUUUUAAAACUGCAGCAAAGCCGAUUUGUUACACAUCUAGUUUAUUUGGUUAAAGUACUUAAUUUCACUUUUCUGAACCUUUUUUUUCCCCUCCAUUUUUAAAAUUUCUUCUGUAUCUGCUUCUUAUUACCUUUUUCGGAACAAAGUGUUAAAUGAUCCUUAUUUCACUCUUUUUGAAGAUGAAGUAUAUAGUUAUUUGGGUAAGCUAGCCUGAAUGCAGGAAUCUUUCAAAGUGCAUUAACUUUCUUCACUACCUUAUGAGUAUCUCAGCCUCCUAACUGAAAACACUUCCUUGGUGUGGGACAAAAUAGGUGUUUGAAUUACUGAAAAAUUUUCAGAGGCCAAGCCUAUGUUUUAUAUAGUUAACGUAAAACUUUCUGGUUUUCUCUUUUUCAAAUUGAGUGAAUAGCAGUGUGGGGGAUGGGGUUGAGCUUGACCUGUAGUGUGUCUUUAUUCCACACUUGAACAAAGGUUUCUUCAUCUUUUUAUCACUUUUCACCUUCAUCAUAUUGAUGAAUUUGGACAUAACCUAAUUACCUCCAGUCAUUGUUUUGGAAAGGGCACAUACUGGUAGCAGACAGCCUUAUUUACUACCGCUGUCCUUCAGGAUGUUCCUGGAAGAGGAUGUUACCAUAAAGUACUGGAAUUUUUUUCCAAAGAGAGUUCUUGUACAGAUUGGGGUUCUAUCUGUUGUCCAACAGUAGAGGGUCAUGACUUCCUUUCUGACCAUUGCUCUGCAGCGUGAUGGCAAUUACUGAAAUAUCUCAUGGAGUUGAAGUGUUAGAUACAUCUUCUCUGCCUGAAUAUAGGCUGGGUUCAUAUAUCAAGUAUUAGUUAAAUGAAUAGUUCCUGCAGGGUUAAAUCUGUUGGUCUUUUAUGAGCACGACUGAAGUACUCUGAAGUACUGAAAGGGAUGUGAGCUUUAUUUUAUGUUAAUUGACUUAAGUAGAAAAUUAUAACUGUUAUUUGUUUAAAAAGGGAAGAAGUCUCCAGUUUGCUGUAGUCAGAGGGAUGCUUGUCUGAGGAGAAUGGGUGGUACCAUGCUGAGAGGUGCUUCCUUCUGUGAGCUAAAUGUUUAUCCCAUGUGCAACACAAACCAAUAAUAUUGUGAAAUCUGUGUGGUAUUGAUAACUCCAGUGGCAUUGUUCAAACAUGCAAUUAAAAUUUUCUGGGAUACUUAAGGAAGUUAUAAAAUGAAAUCAAGAUCCCAACUUAAUCUUUUUGUAAAUUCAGCGCAUGUAGAAGAUCUACUGAACUACUGUACGGUUCCAUUGAAACUGCUUUCUUCCUCAGUUCAUCCGUGGGGAUUUAAAGAUUUUCUUCCACAACAGGCAGAACUAAUCUUGCGUAUUUUCUGCAGAUUUGUGUCCUGUUUGCCCUGUGCUGCCCUGUGAAGUAACAUCAUUUCCUCUUCACCUUCCUUACUAUCCUGACUACCUGUCUUUGGGCUUUCAAUUUCAUCAUGCAUAAGUCUGAGGUGGAGAAGAGGAAGCAGGCAGUGAGAUGUUUGAGCUCCACAUGGGUUGGUUGCUGAGGUGGCAAGUCAAACCAGCCACUGCUGAGCUCAGGGUGAAGCCUUUUCUCAGCAGCAGUUCUAAUUCUUGUCUGCUGCCCAGCUGUGGCUUGGGGGUUUAGCAGAGUGGGGCAGGAAUGUCCCUUUCCACAAAACAUGCAGGACCUCAGAGGGAAUGGAGAAAUAAAGGAACAAGUUCCAUUUCUUGGGGGGAAUAAGGCUAAGAACGUACUACCUUGUGAUAUAUAGGUGGCCUAUCUGGAGAAAUAAGAGUAGCCUUUUCUUCAAGCAUCGUUCUUGCUUUGUUUUAAAGUGUCCUUGCUCUUAGGCCUUUGAAUCUAUUUCUUUUGCCUUUCUAACAGCACUGCAAAGUAUUUUUUUUUCCUUCCAGACAGGCUAGAAAAGUAUCGUUUUUUACAUUCUGUGAUUAUAACAGAGGACUGUUGUUCUCUGUAGAAUUGUAUUGCCAUAACAAUGAGCUGAUACCUCUGAAAUAAUUGGUUUGUAUCUCACUCCCUUCAAAAGCUUCAGUAGACAAGGUUGGAAUGUGAACAGUUAGUAUCAUUUUCAGGUACCACAUUACACUACCAUUAGUAGUUUGUUAUUUCACUCUCAGGUCUUUGUGCUUUGAGGAGGUAUUUAUUGAGUUUGAGUAUUUCUGCAGCCGAAGGAGGCUACUGUAUUUCGGGUGGAUAGACCUUGCAGAAGCACAGCAACAUAGGCUCUCUUAGGCUAUACCGAUUAUUGCUCUGUGAUUUUUGUUUUAUUUUGUUUCUAAAAGAGGUUUCUUAAUUUUAUGAAACAUAAAAGCUUCCAUUGGCACCGUAGCGAUUUAAAUGACCCGUCUAAAAAUUUUGAACUAGUUUUCUUGAAAUUUCUAGGCGGCAGUUGUUUGCACUUGGAUGUGGGAAUGUCACUUAGUGUAACAGAGUAACAUUUUAACCUUGCGUUAAGUGUUUUUUAGUUCAGAAGGAAUGAGACUGCCAAGAAUCUACCUUCCGAUCACUGUUCUUAAUCAGAGCUAGUAUUAAUCUUUGUUUGCAGAAAAAAGACCAAUUUUAAUCUUCUUUAAUUUCCAAUUAAUUUUUGCAGUCUAUAUUGGUCUUACUGAAGAGGUUAAAUACUGGUGAUGUUAGCACCAUCUCUCAUUUUGCGGAAGCUUUUUCCCCAGUACCUUUUACCUUUAAGGACACUUUCUUUGUUUUGCUUUGGUGGGAGUAUACAUUAAAAAUCGCUUUUUCUUCACAUGUUGCCAUUUGUUGUUCUGUUGCACUUCCAGAAGUAUAAAUUUUAGUGAGUAGCUGAUAGACCUCUUAUAAACAGUUUGCUAUCUGAGCAGGGUGUUUUAUCUUUGUACGACAGAAAAGUGCAGGUUAUUUCUCUGAUGUACCUGCUACUGAUGUUGAUAGUGCACGCAGAGGUGAAAAUGGAUCCCUCAACACAGGACCACUUGGAAAGGCAAUUUUGUCCUUUUUCUGUCAAGAAAAACUUCUGUGGAACUCCAAAAGUGUGAUUUGCUUUGUUUUACCAUAUUGUAUUUAAAAUAUUCCACAAAUGUUAUUAAUGCUCUAAAAGAAUUGAAUAUUGCUGCUGGACAGUAUGCUCCACUUAAAACCUGUGAAUGUUUCACUUUGCAAUUAUAGGUAGUCGUGUCCCUAAUGGCAGGUAUAAUAAGUUGGUGACUUGUCUGGACUGAUCACCAUAAGGAUUUGUUUCUUAAGUACCUUCUUUGAAGUCAUAUUGACCAAUUUUUAGCAUCAAAAUUAAGUUGAGAAUUGAAUAAAU